UUAUCCAACCCUUUGCAAAUAUUUAAGCCAACAAAAAAGCUUUGAAACAUCAAUGAGCCAAAAAAAGAACACACCAGAAAAGUUAAACAAGAACAUCAUUUCCUUUGUCCAUUUACUUUGAUUCCAACCACCAUCCAUCUUAAAAACCAGGCAAGAGCAGGCGGCGGAGCAAGCAAUCGGCGGUGGCAGAGCAGGCGGCAAACGGUGGUAGCAGGUCAGAGCAAAGCCAUAGAUUAAUUUAAGUUUAUUAGCAAUGAUGAUAAUGGGCGGUGUUGACAUCCAAAUGGUUGCUCCUAUUGAAUAAAAAAGACACUUUUUUACGCUUUCAUUUAGGGUGUUUUCGUAAAGGAGAGACGUUAUGGAUUGCGGAAGCGGCGGCGUAGGAGCGAGUGGUUCCGGCGGAGACCAUGAUUCCUCCGACCUUUCACGACGGAAAAAGCCUUACCAUCGUCACACUGCUCACCAGAUUCAGAGGCUUGAAUCGAUGUUCAAGGAAUGUCCACACCCAGACGAGAAACAAAGGUUACAUCUAAGUAGGGAAUUGGGAUUAGCACCAAGACAGAUCAAGUUUUGGUUUCAAAAUAGGAGGACACAAAUGAAGGCACAACAUGAAAGAGCCGAUAACUCUGCACUUCGUGCUGAGAACGAUAAGAUCCGAUGUGAAAACAUAGCCAUAAGAGAAGCACUUAAGAAUGUGAUUUGUCCUUCUUGUGGUGGUCCUCCUGUUACUGAAGAUUCUUAUUUUGAUGACCAGAAAAUGAGAAUGGAGAAUGCUCAAUUAAAGGAAGAGCUUGAUAGAGUAUCCAGCAUUGCAGCCAAGUACAUAGGGAGACCAAUAUCCCAACUCCCACCGGUACAACCUGUUCAUAUCUCUUCAUUAGAUAUCAGGAUGGCGAGUUUUGACGGCUAUGGUGUCGGCGCUGGUCCUUCACUCGAUCUCGAUCUCCUCCCUGGAAGUUCGUCAUCAAUGCCGAAUUUACCGUUCCAACCGGUCGUUAUUUCAGACAUGGACAAGUCCCUCAUGUCUGAUAUAGCCGCAAAUGCAAUGGAAGAACUGCUUAGGCUAUUACAAACCAAUGAACCAUUGUGGAUUAAAUCCAAUAAUGAUGGCAAAGAUGCUCUUAAUCUCGAAAGUUAUGAAAGAAUCUUCCCUAAGCCUCAUAAUACUCAUUUUAAAUCUCCUAAUAUUAGGGUCGAAGCUUCUCGAGAUUCCGGUGUUGUUAUUAUGAAUGGCUUAGCUUUGGUCGACAUGUUCAUGGAUUCCAACAAAUGGGUGGAGCUAUUUCCCACCAUUGUGUCAAUUGCCAAAACAAUCGAAGUGAUUUCACCUGGGAUGUUGGGUACACAUAGUGGUUCUUUGCAAUUGAUGUAUGAAGAACUACAGGUCUUGUCUCCAUUAGUACCAACACGAGAAUUUUAUACACUUCGAUAUUGUCAACAAAUUGAACAAGGGUUAUGGGCUAUUGUCAACGUUUCAUAUGAUUUGCCACAAUUUGCUUCUCAAUGUCGAUCUCAUAGACUCCCUUCUGGUUGUUUGAUUCAAGACAUGCCUAAUGGUUACUCCAAGGUUACUUGGUUAGAACAUGUGGAGAUUGAAGACAAAACCCCGAUUCAUCGAUUGUAUCGAGACCUUGUUCAUAGUGGUUCAGCAUUUGGAGCCGAACGGUGGCUCACGACCCUUCAAAGGAUGUGCGAACGGUUUGCUUGCUUAAUGGUAUCGAGCACUUCGACUCGGGAUCUCGGUGGAGUGAUUCCAUCUCCCGAGGGCAAGAGAAGCAUGAUGAAGCUAGCUCAAAGGAUGGUAAACAAUUUCUGCACGAGCGUCGGCACAUCGAAUAGUCAUCGGUCGACAACACUUUCCGGUUCGAAUGAAGUUGGUGUUCGGGUCACCGUUCAUAAGAGUUCUGAUCCCGGACAACCCAACGGUAUAGUUCUUAGUGCAGCUACUACAUUUUGGCUCCCUGUUAGUCCACAAAAUGUCUUCAAUUUCUUCAAAGAUGAAAGAACUAGACCACAGUGGGAUGUUCUAUCCAACGGCAACGCAGUCCAAGAAGUUGCUCAUAUCGCAAACGGAUCACAUCCCGGCAACUGUAUAUCCGUUUUACGAGCCUUUAAUACAAGUCACAACAACAUGUUAAUACUACAAGAGAGUUGCAUAGACAGUUCUGGUUCACUGGUGGUAUACUGUCCAGUUGAUUUACCAGCUAUUAAUGUAGCAAUGAGCGGCGAAGAUCCUUCUUACAUUCCGUUACUUCCGUCAGGUUUUACGAUAACACCCGACGGUCAUCUCGAGCAAGGUGACGGAGCAUCGACGAGUUCUAGUACCGGGCACGGAAGAUCGUCCGGUGGUUCAUUGAUUACGGUAGCGUUUCAAAUACUAGUGAGCAGCUUGCCAUCGGCAAAAUUAAACUUGGAUUCGGUCACAACUGUUAAUAACCUUAUUGGUACUACUGUACAACAAAUUAAGGCUGCUUUGAAUUGUCCUAGUUCUUGAACUGAUUUGAUUUGGGUUAUGGUGCAUGUGUGUGUCUAGGGUUUUUCUUACUACAAGGCAUUUUUGUUUUUUGUUUUUUUUUUUUCAAUUUAAUCUUUGGAAGAGUGGUUACUAAUAUUCGAAGAGGAGUCAAUAACACAAACGUAUAUGUUAUUUGUCUUUUCUUAAAUUUUAAUCCUUUGUGUUGGACCUCAAUUGGCUUUA